AUGACCAUGGCUACCACCUGGUCCAUGGCCAGCCGUCACAAAAGCAACAACAUGGCAGCAACUACGGUAGUGUCUGCCCCGGGCAAGGUCCUUCUCACCGGUGGCUACCUCGUCCUUGAGCGCCCGCACACGGGCAUGACUGCUGGCGUCUCGGCCCGCUUCUACGUCUCAGCCACCACCACCACCGCCGCCACCACCGCGGCAGACUCGACGGCGACGACGGCUGCCGAUGGCUGGACGACAAACUUUGUGGUUCGCUCGCCGCAAUUUGGCGAAGUGCGCCGAUACGCGUGGCAGAGCCUCGGGUUGGGCAAGUACCAAUUUUCGCGCGCAGACGGCGAUGGCGAUGGCGAUGGCGAUGAUGGCUCCCCUGGGCCGAACCCUUAUGUGGGGACGGCGCUGGCGUACGCGCUCGGUUAUGUGUGCUGUGGGGCGGACGGGGUGACCGAGGCGGCGCGGGAGCGGCUGGCAGGCAUGGGCGAGGUCGAGCUUGUGCUCGUGGGCGACAACGACUUUUACUCGCAGCGGGAACUGCUGCAUGAUCGUGGCCUGCCACUGACGGCGGACUCGCUGGCGGCGCUGCCGCCGUUCCUGGCUCUGGACCUGAGCAAGGAUCUAGUGAAGACCGGCCUCGGCUCGUCGGCGGCGCUGAUCACGGCGCUGGUGGCGGCAGUGCUGGAGCACACGGGCGCGCUGGCGCUGCCGCGGAUUGUGUCUGCAGACGUGCACGCGCCUGCCGAGCCGCCUGCAGGAGCCGACGCCACUGCGGUGCGGGCCGCCAAGGACCGGGUGCACUACCUGGCCCAGGCUGCGCACUGCGCCGCGCAAGGCAAGAUCGGCUCGGGCUUUGACGUCUCGUCGGCCACCUACGGCUCGCAAAAGUACACGCGGUUCUCGCCGGAGCGGCUGGCGGGCCUCUCCGAGGCUCUGGGCGAGGCCGGAUGUGGUGGUGCGGGUGCGGCGUGGCUCGGCGUCUACGACGCGGGCAUCUUUGCCAACCACGGCCCGGCGCUCGACGCCGUGGUCGAACCGUGGACACUGCCGCAGCACAUGCACCUCGUGCUCGGCGACUGCGGCGUCGGAUCCAAGACGCCCGGUAUGGUCCGGCGUAUCCUGGCGUGGCGUGACGGCGAUGACGGGGGCGCGGCUCGCCAGGUGUGGGACGCACUCGGCGCCGCGAACGCGGCGGUGGAGGGGACGCUGGGCGAGCUGGCAGCGGCUGCCACCGCUUCGCCGCAGGCCUACGACGCGCUCGUUGCCCAUGCGGCCGCACAGCCACUGGCGGCAUGGGCGGCCGACGGCAGCGACGUCGGCGGUGAGGCUGCGCCGCUGGCGCUGCUUGCGCUCCGGUUGCGGAGCGAGUUCCAGGCUGUGCGGGCGCUGCUGCGCGAGGUGACCGAGGCAACGGGCGUGCCAGUCGAGCCGCCGGCACAGACGGCGCUCAUCGACGCUACCAUGGCACAGCCCGGCGUGCUCUUUGCCGGCGUGCCUGGCGCCGGCGGCUUUGACGCCGUUUUUGCUCUUGUCCUCGGUGAUGCCACCCGGCGCACCAUGGAAGACGCCUGGGCCCGCGGCGGUUUUAACGUCUGCCCGCUUGUCCUCGACGAGGAUGCCCGCGGCGGCGUUGCCCGCGACAUGCAAUCCACCGCCGCCGCCGCGGUCGCCGCCGCCGCCGCCGGCACCAACAUCCUCGCUCCGCUCGGCGCUGUCUCGCGGCUGUGA